AAAGGAUGGCGCCAGAAAAGCCCCGCCCCACGCUCGCUGAUUGGUCAUUGUUUGCCCGGUCUCCCGGGUGACGGGAACGCGGUAGUCUGGUGGGGGAGUUUUGGAGCGCCUGCGCACUUAGAAGAUCAGGGUGCCACUGGAGCCCGGAGAUGAAGCGUGUUUUCUCCCUGCUAGAAAAGACAUGGCUUGGUGCACCGAUACAGUUUGCCUGGCAAAAAUCAUCAGGAAACUUCCUUGCAGUAACAGGAGCUGACUGUAUUGUUAAAAUCUUUGAUCGCCAUGGCCAAAAAAGAAGUGAAAUUAGCUUACCUGGCAACUGUGUUGCCAUGGAUUGGGAUAAAGAUGGGGAUAUCCUGGCAGUGAUUGCUGAGAAGUCUAGUUGCAUUUAUCUAUGGGAUGCCAACACAAAUAAAACCAGCCAACUAGACAAUGGCAUGAGGGAUCAAAUGUCUUUCCUUCUUUGGUCAAAAAAUGGAAGUUUCCUGGCUGUUGGGACCAUUAAAGGAAAUUUGCUCAUUUAUAACCAUCAGACAUCUCGAAAGAUUCCUGUUCUUGGAAAACAUACUAAGAAAAUCACAUGUGGAUGUUGGAAUACAGAGAAUCUUCUUGCUUUGGGUGGUGAAGAUAAAAUGAUCACUGUUAGUAACCAGGAAGGGGACACAAUAAGACAGACACCAGUGAAAUCAGAGCCGAGUGACAUCAAGUUUUCCACAAGCAAGACAGAUGACCGAAUUUCUUCUGCUGAAAACAUAAUAAGUGCAGUAGUUGGCAAGAAAAUGUUGUUUCUUUUUCAUAUGAAUGAACCAGAUAACCCAGUUGAUCUGGAGUUUCAACAAGCCUACGGUAGCAUCGUCUGCUAUAGUUGGUAUGGUGAUGGCUACAUCAUGGUUGGCUUUUCCCGUGGAACAUUUCUGGCCAUUUCUACUCACUUUCCAGAAGUUGGACAGGAGAUAUUUAAGGCUCGGGACCAUAAGGAUAAUCUAACCAGUGUGGCAUUAUCACAGACUCUGAACAAAGCUGCUACAUGUGGAGAUAACUGCAUAAAAAUCCAUGACUUGACAGAAUUAAGAGACAUGUAUGCUAUAAUUAAUCUGGAUGAUGAAAAUAAAGGUUUGGGUACCUUAUCCUGGACUGAUGAUGGUCAGUUGCUAGCACUGUCAACCCAAAGAGGCUCACUCCAUGUCUUCCUGACCAAGCUGCCCAUCCUCGGGGAUGCUUGUCACACAAGGAUUGCAUAUCUCACCUCCCUCCUUGAGGUCACUGUGGCCAACCUCAUUGAAGGAGAGCCACCAAUCACAGUUUGCGUUGAUGUGGAACCCAACUUUGUCGCAGUAGGUCUCUAUCAUCUGGCUGUAGGGAUGAAUAAUCGAGCUUGGUUUUAUGUCCUUGGUGAAAAUGCUGUAAAAAAGUUAAAAGAUGUGGAAUAUCUGGGAACGGUAGCCAGCAUUUGCCUUCAUUCUGACUAUGCUGCUGCACUCUUUGAAGGCAAAAUCCAGUUACAUUUGAUAGAAAAUGAACUCUUGGAUGCUCAGGAAGAACGUGAGACUCGGCUCUUCCCAGCAGUGGAUGAUAAGUGCCGGAUUCUGUGCCACGCCCUAACCAGUGAUUUCCUCAUCUAUGGAACAGAUACUGGCAUUAUUCAGUAUUUCUUCAUUGAGGACUGGCAGUUUGUUAAUGAUUACCGACAUCCUGUUGGUGUGAAAAAGCUUUUUCCUGAUCCAAAUGGAACCAGAUUAGUCUUCAUUGAUGAAAAAAGUGAUGGAUUUGUUUACUGUCCUGUUAAUGAUGCUACCUACGAGAUUCCAGACUUCUCACCAACCAUUAAAGGUGUUCUUUGGGAAAACUGGCCGAUGGAUAAAGGUGUAUUUAUUGCUUAUGAUGAUGACAAAGUGUACACUUACGUGUUUCACAAGGACACCAUCCAAGGAUCCAAGGUUAUUUUGGCUGGUGGCACUAAACUUCCCUUCUCCCACAAACCUUUGCUGUUAUAUAAUGGAGAACUGACCUGUCAGACACAGAGUGGGAAAAUCAACUCCAUCUACCUCAGCACCCACAGCUUCCUUGACAACACAAAAGAUGUGGACCCUGCAGACCUGAGACAGAUGCUGAUGCAGACCCUGAUGCUCAAGCGGUUUUCUGAUGCUUGGGAAAUAUGCAAGAUGCUAAAUGAUCGAACGGCAUGGGAUGAGCUGGCCAGAGCCUGUCUGCAUCACAUGGAGGUGGAGUUUGCUAUCCGAGUUUCCCGGACCAUCGGAGAUGUUGGUACAGUGAUGUCCUUGGAGCAAAUAAAGGGAAUCGAGGACUACAAUCUUUUGGCAGGACAUCUUGCUAUGUUUACUAAUGACUUCAACCUGGCUCAGGACCUGUACCUGGCAUCCAACUGUCCUGUGGCUGCCCUGGAGAUGAGGCGCGACCUGCAGCACUGGGACAGCGCUCUGCAGCUGGCAAAGCGCCUGGCCCCAGACCAGAUACCCUUCAUAUCCAAAGAGUAUGCCAUCCAGCUUGAGUUCACGGGUGAUUAUGUAAAUGCUUUGGCUCAUUAUGAGAAAGGUAUCACAGGUGAUAAUAAGGAACAUGAUGAGGUGUGCCUGGCUGGAGUGGCUCAGAUGUCCAUAAGGAUGGGAGACAUCCGUAGAGGGGCUAACCAAGCCCUCAAACACCCCAGUAGGGUCCUUAAAAGAGACUGUGGAGCCAUACUAGAGAACAUGAAGCAAUUUUCAGAAGCAGCCCAGCUGUAUGAAAAAGGGCAGUAUUACGACAAAGCCGCCUCUGUCUACAUCCGCUGUAAGAACUGGGCAAAAGUUGGCGAACUUCUGCCCCAUGUCUCCUCUCCUAAGAUCCACUUGCAAUAUGCCAAAGCUAAAGAGGCGGACGGGAGGUACAAAGAAGCCGUGCUGGCUUAUGAGAAUGCAAAGCAGUGGAACAGCGUCAUCCGCAUCUACCUAGACCACCUCAACAACCCCGAGAAGGCCGUCAGCAUCGUCAGAGAGACCCAGUCUCUGGAUGGAGCCAAGAUGGUAGCCAGGUUCUUUCUACAGCUUGGUGACUAUGGGUCUGCCAUCCAAUUUCUGGUCCUGUCCAAAUGUAACAAUGAAGCCUUCACCCUGGCUCAGCAGCACAACAAAAUGGAAAUCUACGCAGACAUCAUUGGUUCUGAAGACACAACUAAUGAAGACUAUCAGAGCAUCGCCUUAUACUUCGAAGGGGAAAAGAGACACUUUCAGGCUGGAAAAUUCUUCUUGCUGUGUGGCCAGUAUUCACGGGCACUAAAGCACUUCCUGAAGUGCCCAAGCUCAGAAGACAAUGUGGCAAUAGAAAUGGCAAUUGAAACU